AUGUUGGUUAUCCAAGAGGUGGCGGUCCGGACUUGGGAAGAGGACCAUGAGAGAGUCAAGUUCCUCCUCGGACACAUCACCGUGCCGUAUUCCGUCAUGAGCAAGGAGCGCGGAGGCUGGGCUCCUCAGGCUUACAUCGAUGUUCAGCAACGUGUAGCUGAUCCGGAGAACAUCACCAGUUCGGAGCCACAGACCGGCUAUACGCGGCUGGUGUGGAAUGGGCUGCACAACAUCAACCACGUAUGGUGCGUGCUACAAAAGAUGUUCGCUCAGGACCCUACGGCAGAAUCAUGGCCUAUUGACAUCCAGCUUUCCUAUUUGCUGUUUAUCUUCUCGGAGUUCAAGGCCACCGAACCGCGUGACCGACUAUACGCGUUCAUCGGCUUGCUUCUAGGCCCGGAAGACAUGAAGCUACCAACCCACCUGUUGCCUGAUUACACGAAGCAUCGAGAGGAAGUCUUUCACGAGUACACUGUCUGGAUACUCCAAGAAAUUGGAAUCAUUGACGUGCUGUCACUACACACAGGGGAGCGGACCGGGCGGACGUGUCCAUCAUGGGUACCAAACUUUGAGGGCCGAAGAAAGAGCUUUGAGGAUGCUUGCAUCGUUACCGAGGAGCCACUUCCACUCAAACUCCUGGAAGGCAACCGAGUCUUGGAGGCGGACGCCUUGCUGGUGGGCGUCAUACUCGCCAUUGCCUCGCCAUUGGAAGUUGCAGAGAAGACAUCGAGCACCACCACCACCUCUGCAUUAAUAGAACGAGUCAGGGAGACGCUUCGUGGUUGGGAGGGUUGGCUCGAAAUGCUUUUUGAAACGACGCCUGAACCAUUUGAGGACAGAGCUUGGAGGAGACAGCUUAGCGACUACUUCGACCAAGCUUUUGUCGAGGCAGACAGGGGCUAUGGGAGGGUCAAUUACGAAAAGGGAGCGCUGUCCAAUGCGCUAUCCCGCGACAAACCGGAACCGGGGGGGCAUCCAUCAAUCUUCGGCAAGCUGUGCGCCACCUCGCCCUCCGUUCUUUCCUACGCCGACUUCACCGCAAAUGAGUUCGAGGGCUUGGUGCCCUUCACGACUCGGCGCGGCCAUUUUGACUUUUGCAGCAGCAAGUCGGAGAUCCCCGAAUACGGAGAUGUUGUUUGUCUCCUCAGGGGAUCGUCGAAGCAGUUCAUCCUGCGCCGGGCCCCUCCUGAUGCGUUGGGAGAAUGGACCAUGGUGGGAACGGUGUACAACGAUGCCGAUAAGACCCGACUUUACCGUGCCGCCGUACGGCCGCUGAGAGAUCACUUGGUCCCUGGCUCUGACAAAAUCGCUGUUGCCCUGUAUGAUGCCCUUGAAGAGUUCUUUGGGGGGCCGAAACAGUACAACAGAAUAUGA